UUCACUCAGCAUUUUAAGUUAAACAUUGCUCGAAAUAGUGGAUAUUAAUUUCAGUUUACAGUUGAGAUCGAACCAGUACUGUUUCAGUCGCACCAAUCAAAACCUUAACCGCAUAAUUUUGUUAAAAUUUAAACCCACGUUAUAACAAAACUCGAAAAAAUGGACAAGUUUCCACGAGCCUUUCAAUGGGUCCUAGCAUCCGUUCUUCUCCUUGCAGUGGCAAGUAGAAUGGAAAAGAUAAACCCAUUAUCGCGUCUUGUUCCUGAUGUGCUUUACCUACUCCCACCACGCAAGAUAAUCGGUGAGUACGAGGGUGGGAUACGGAUAGAUUUCGGACAUCUCAUAACGCCCCUUCAAGCUAACGACACUCCCACAUCCUUCCGUUGGAGAGAAAAUUUUCCAGAUCGAUUAUACGUGUUGAUGAUGCUGGACAUGGAUGGGCCGUCGCGAACAGAUCCCGUAAACGGCCCCGUGAAUCACUGGCUGGUUGGAAAUAUUGACGGUGGGCAGGAUAAUUCCUGGCGUAAUGGAACCGUUUUGGCCGAAUAUUCCAGACCGCGUCCACAGACUGGAACUGGUCUCCAUCGAUACGUGUUCCUCGUGUAUAUGCAACCACGGGGAGGAAAUAUCUCAUUUACGGAGACCGUGAUACCAGCAGGACCGAGUGUGGCGAGGCGAAAUUUUGAUUAUCGCCAAUUUGCGAUAAAAUAUGGUCUUGGGCAACCGUAUGCUGUAAACUAUUUUCAGUCCAUGUUUGUCCCCGGGGAAUUUGAUGAUUAGACAAUUCGAUGGGAUGAUUUGAAUUUAUUUGUUAAACAAUAAUAUGAAGGUUUAUUUUGAAUAAAGGCAAAUACAUGAAGUUGUAA